AAACAAAAAAACAAAUGGAGACUUGUUAUGGUCACAGGCAAAUUUGACAGAAACCAGAAACUACGGAGGUUUUGGAAAGUUUGGUGUUAAAGAAGGAUGCGCAGUCAGAAUGGGGCAGACUCUGUGUCUGUGCUCUCGUGGUUCUAUCAGCAUUGACAACAAAAGAUAUUAUUUCAUCCAGAAACUAGACGAAGGUGGCUUCAGCUACAUCGAUCUUGUAGAAGGGGUUCACGAUGGCCACUUCUAUGCCCUAAAGAGGAUCCUAUGCCAUGACCGUGAAGGCCGCCAGGAGGCACAGACUGAGGUGGAGAUGCAUCAGAUGUUUAAUCACCCCAAUAUUUUGGGCCUUGUUGCACAUGCCUUCAUUGAAAAUGGGGGCAAGGUUGAAGCCUGGUUACUUCUGCCUUAUAUUAGGAAAGGUAGUCUUUGGUCUGUUCUGGAGAAGCUUCGAGAGAAAGGGAGCUUCAUGCAGGAAAAACAGAUUUUGCGCAUUUUGUGCGGUAUCUGCUGUGGACUCAAAGCAAUUCACGAAAAGGGCUAUGCACACAGAGACCUGAAGCCUACAAAUGUGCUUUUGGAUGAUGAUGACAGACCAGUUCUCAUGGACUUCGGUUCUAUGAACAGAGCCAGAAUUGAGGUUAGAGGAACCAGAGAAGCUAUGACCAUCCAGGACUGGGCAGCGCAGCGGUGCACCAUUUCUUACAGGGCACCCGAACUCUUCAACGUAGAGAGUUAUUGUAUCAUUGAUGAGCGCACUGACAUCUGGUCACUUGGAUGUGUGCUUUACUGUAUGAUGAUGCUCGAGGGGCCAUAUGACCUGAUAUUUCAGAAGGGGGACAGUGUUGCGCUGGCUGUUCAGAAUCCUGUAUCCAUCCCUCAGCCUUGCAGUUACUCAGAGGGUCUGCAGAUGCUGCUGAGCUCCAUCAUGGUGCCCAAUCCCCAGGAGAGACCAAACAUCAGCUGGGUGCUUGACCAGGUCCAAGACCUGCAGAGUCGCAGUCCCAACACUCAAACAAAUGCAGUGUGAUGGUGCACAGUGCCGUGCCCAUGGGGAAGAGAACUUUGCACACAUGA